ACCUGAUUGUAAUACAAUUAUUCUUCUGUCUGUCAUAUUUAUUUUUAGGUUAAAUGAAUUAAUGUUCACACGAUGAAAUGCACAAGCGAUUGUGAGUUGUCAUAAGGUUGUUGGUAGACCGCGGGCAAUAACAGCUUUCGAAAGAUCAUUAUCAUGUUAUAGCGUGCAUUUUAGCGUCAUUCCAAAUCCAAAUUAUUUUUUCUGGCUGUCGCUCCAAAAUGAGUCAAUCGAAGGGACAACUGGGCGAUAUCUGCCUUGAUGGUCAACGACGAAAAAAUCGACUUCUCUAUGAUAACUUUACAUUGCUGCUGAGAGGGAGCCGCAGCCAACCGCCCAAGAACACGCCCAGCGAUCAGCUCCUUGAAAGCGAAACAAAACACAGCAAGGACACGGAUGGCGAGGGCCCCGAAUUACAAGCCUGCAGCUUGGAUUUUAUCCGCCUACCUGGCGGUGGAUCGCUUUGCAGCUGCUCAACGAGUAAAGAUGGUCUCGACGAAAAGGAGCAGCCUUCUAGUUCAACUGAAACCAUUGCUAACCAGCCGGUUCCCAAAGAGCUCGUUGCAGAUACAUUGAGCUACACACCAAGUGAAGACUCUAAUAUAACAUCCAACUCAAUGCAUGCCAUGGGCACCCAGACCAUAGAAUGUCUUUGCGGCUACAUUUCGGAUAAUUCAGGUUCGACCAACAAGAAUAAACCGAUCCCCAAUUAUUAUGAAGCCUCUCUACCUUGUGGCUGCCCAUUGAACGAUGCCUCCAAUGCAACCCAACCCAUUGGAACGCAGGACGCUAAAGCUCAAAGACAACCGAUCUCUAAAAAGCUUUUAGAACGUUCUUGCAACUGCACAUCCACAUCGAGCAUAGAUGGUCCAUGCCCUAAGAAGCAUACGAUGCAGAUAGCAGAUCAGGAUUCGCAGUCAAAGUUAUAUACCGACGCUCAGUCCUUAGCGACUAAGGACUCCACUGAAAGCGGAUUAUCAAGCUACGGAGACAUGGCGAAAAGAUACCAAGAAAAUAAACGAACUCCGGACACAAGCCAAUAUAACGUACCUAUUCCCAAAGAUUCUUCUCCCCAGGGCUCCAUAUAUUCUGGUGCAACCCAAAAAGAUACCAAAAGGCCCAAUGAUUCCUCCACCCAAACUUACAUAGCAAUUCCAAACGAUUCCUUCACCCAAACUGAAACCAUUACACCUCGCGAGAAACAGACUCCAAAAGAUGUGGUAGUAAAAACCAAGAAACAAGAUACUCCUCCAAAAAGUUCGGAGAAACGUUUUUGGAAACGUCCACAAAUUGUGGUUCGUUCAAGCAAUGAGUUUCUUCCUCCUCAAAAUCAAGCCAAGCAGGAGGACAAAGACUACACAGGGACUGAUCGAUAUCAUAAAGAAACGCAAUAUAAAGAAUCUUUUACAAUUCCGGAGCAGGAUUACAAUGACCAGACAGCGAAACCUAAGGGAAAAAGUCAUAAAAAAACACAGUAUGAAGAUUCAAAUAAAUCAGAAGGUAGUCUCAAUGGAGAGAUAUGUGCCACGUGCGCUCUCGUUCCUGAAUUACUUCAAAAGAUAUUCGACAUGGAGCAGAAGAUGAACCAACAGGAAAGUUCUCUUAGACAACUGCAAUCCUCCAUAAGAUCAUUAAGAGUGGAGGAAAAGAAACCUAUCAAAAUAGAAAAUUUAUUUAAGUCUACAAAAAAGAAAAAUGAGGAAAUACGCCUUUGCGAAUCUUUCUCUGAAGAACAGUCUUUUUGCAACAGGAAAAAUUGCAGUUCUAGGUCAUCUAGGCAGAAAUCGGAAAACCCACAGUUUCAUAAUGCUGUGAAAAUUUGUGAUGAUGUAAAUUCCAAGAAGAGUAAAACCUCAGCUCGUUAUGAAAUCAAAUUCCAGAAGUUAAAGAAAGGCCCAUUAGAUACCCCGUCGAGGGAAAAUUUAAAAGAACAAGCAUGCAAUACUUUACUCGAACAAUUUAUUCAAAUUUUUGUGAAACCCAAAGACCAAGACGCAGACUGUGGUUUUGAGGAUUUGAGAUCAUACCGCGAUAGAGCUGCCACAUCUCGACUGGACAAGGACAAAGUCAUCUCCACCGGGUCCCGACAGAACUUGAACGAUGAGGUGUGCGAGUGCCUGAUAGAGCAAUUUAUGCAUAUGUCCAUGGUACCCAAGCGCGAAGAGACAUUGGAGCCCACCACCCAGACGGAAGAGUGCGGUUGUCCGGUCCAGAAAAUAAACAAGAGAAACGCAAAAGAGAUUCCAAUGAAACCGACAUUCCCGCAAGAGGGAAACAGAGUCAAAACUCGUACCAGGUUCAAUCAGUCAAAAGACAAGAUGAUGGAAAUGGAAAUGGAGGGUCAAAGAGCAGCUACAGCAGCAUUAAAUCAGCGAGAGAAUUUUAAAACUAGUUCUGCAUCAGAGCUUACGAUGAACGAAUCAAGCCAAACCUUAGGGCAACAUUCCCUGCAAAGUCGCGGGUCGACCUUGUGCCAAUUCUGUCAAGAUAAAGACCUUCCCGUGCUGGACCAUCUGGUCAGCGAGGUAAUCGAUCUAAUUGGCUGUCGACCCCUCUGCCGUAUUGUGAUGACUGUACUUCUGCGGGCGGACAAUUUUUACCAUGUUAACAUCCGUGAACUAGGCACCGGACGUGUGUUAGGCUGCCUGCUGGCCAAUGAUGCGGCUAUCGAAGAGGCCAUCAGCCUGGGCCUUUUUGAUCAAAUUCUUACAUUUUUUGUGACAGAUGUGCGUAGUACGAUUAAACCCAAGGAUGGUCCCUUUGCCAUACACUUUGAGCUCAUAGAACGCGAGUAUGGAGGCGGCUGGGAUAAGGAGCCCGCCAACACUGAGAAAGUCUUGGAAUUUGCAACUCAAGUGCUGGGUCUGAACAUUGGAUAUGCUAGUCAACUUUUUUCCUUAACUAAUUCCACCGAAUUGGACAAGCAAGCGUCUGAUUGCAGAUUGAGGCGCAGAUCUCAUUCGCUCUUUGCAGCUAAUACGAACAGAAAAACAGCAGAGUGUUGCACUUCUCAAUUGAUAUUAAUCGACAAUGGAGACAACUAUUCAGUGCGUCGUCACUCAGAUUCAGAAAGGAGCGAUGGUUUAGGUGCGUCAUCGAGCUUGUUUCUGCGCAUUGUAACCGGUAGGGCAAAACGUGAAUAACAUUGAAUCGGACAAUUCUGUCAGAACCUCUCGAAUAAUCCUAAAAUGUUCGGUUCAAUACGACAGCUGUCAUUUCGUAAGUCUGGGAAUAUGUGAGAGAAGACCUGAUUGCUAUUUUCUCUGAUCGCUGCAUUUUUAGAUAUUUAAUUAAUAAAUUGCACUUUAAAAUUGUUA